GCCUUACCACUUGAAAACCUCCUCUCUCUCUCUCUCUCUCUCUUUGGUUGACCCGAUUAUUUCUCUCUCGCAUACGCACAGAUCUCUCUUCGUAUCUGCUAGAUCUGUUCCUUUUCUUACAUCUGUAUUGCGAUACCUCUGAUCGGAAGGUGUCGCUUGCAGAUCUAGCGAAUCUCUCCGUACAGGUCUCGCGUGUCUUCCGAGUUCGGGCGUAUGCUGUGUUUUCAGAUCUGGGUUUGUUGCAUCUGUAGAAAUGGCGGAGACUCUGAAAGAAGAUUCGAUUAUGAUUCGGGAGGUUUGGGAUUACAAUUUAGUUGAGGAAUUCGCGCUGAUCCGUGAGAUUGUUGACAAAUUCAGCUAUAUCGCUAUGGAUACUGAGUUCCCAGGUGUGGUUUUGAAGCCUGUUGCUACUUUUAAGUACAAUAACGAUCUUAACUACAGGACUCUCAAGGAAAAUGUCGAUUUGCUUAAAUUGAUUCAAGUUGGCUUAACCUUUUCUGAUGAGAAUGGGAACCUCCCCACUUGUGGCACGGAUAAGUUCUGUAUCUGGCAGUUCAAUUUCCGUGAGUUUAACAUCGGUGAGGAUAUCUACGCCAGCGAGUCCAUCGAGCUGUUGCGUCAGUGUGGGAUUGAUUUCAAGAAGAACAUUGAGAAAGGCAUUGAUGUGGUUAGGUUCGGUGAGCUUAUGAUGUCCUCUGGGAUUGUUUUGAACGAUUCUAUCUCGUGGGUUACGUUCCAUGGAGGUUACGAUUUCGGGUAUUUGGUUAAGCUGCUGACUUGCAAGGAGUUGCCUCUCAAGCAGGCUGAUUUCUUCAAGCUUCUGUUUGUGUAUUUCCCCACUGUUUACGAUAUCAAGUACUUGAUGACGUUCUGCAACGGGCUGUUUGGCGGAUUGAACAGACUCGCUGAGCUUAUGGGAGUGGAGAGAGUUGGGAUAUGUCAUCAAGCUGGCUCUGAUAGCUUGCUCACCUUAGGCUCGUUUAGGAAGCUCAAGGAACGUUAUUUCCCGGGAUCAACUGAGAAAUACACUGGAGUCUUGUAUGGUCUAGGUGUGGAAGACGGUACUACUACUACUACUACUACUACUACUGUUGCUAAUUAAGAAGGGGAAAACGAAAGAUACUUUUAUAUUAAAAAAAAUCCAGGGAAGUGCAAUUAGAUUUUUCUUUAGUCUUUGUGAGUGUGAGAAGACCAAUUAGAAUUGUCUUUGUGUAAAUUGGCAAAUUGGUGUAGUAAGUGAUGACUGUUGUGUCUUUGUUGCUGUUGUUUUCAGACCGAAGAAGAAAAAAACCCUUUGAUCAAAAAUGAGGGGUUUUGUUUUUAGCUUGAGUUUCUGGAUGUAUGUCAAUUCAGCUACCCGUUUAUUUAAUAAAUAAUCUCCAAUUAUUAUUAA